AUGCACGAAGGGAUUGAUAACCUGAAAUCCCUUUACGAACGUGCCGGGAAGACUUUCUCCGGCGGUCCUUCUGCGGCACAGGAUGUGCCGCAUCGUACUGCUCGACCAGACCCAGUACGUCAACCAUCAGUUGGGAGCGGGGCUCCCAAGUAUCCCAGGACGGGGGAUAGCCGCGCCACCGGACGAGAUAACUCGUCCGACGUCCGUUCACGUCGAGGUGGUUCAACAGCUGCUCAACUAGAUAGCGCUGGCCACCGCGAGAGUCCUCUAAUGGAGGUGGAGGAGGAGGGAAGACGUUCUCCACACGAUAGUGGGGAAGCGUGUGUUCUCGAGAGCUUCUUUGAUCGCGUAACGCAAGGGUUACGCGGCGAUCUCGAACAUGAGCGGGACAGGCGUCUCCAACUGGCGGACACUGUCUCGAGGCAUCGAGCUGAGUUUGCCUUUGCUCAGCUUGAGAACGAGAGAGCUCUGACGUCUCUGCGUGACGAGCUAAGGGUAGCUCGUGGGCAUGUUGAUCGGUCCCGGGCUGAGAUAGCUUCUCUUCAGACCCUUGUCGAUGCCCACCAUCGGGAGCACAAGGCUCUCUGCGAGAUGCUUGAGCGCAAGGGCGUUCUUCAUCGGAAGAAACAGCGUACUGAUGGUACGGCUUAA